CAAUUUGUCUAGAUGAGUUAGAAAUGAUCAUAGAGGGCGUUACCAGAUUUCAUGACGUUUUCAUAUUUGGCACGGUUAUUGUAAUUGAGCAGUCUUGUUGAACCGGUGAAAGAUAAUCAAAUACCGCUUAUUGUUUAAAUUUGAUCGUACUUAGCAGGUGCUUUAAUUUUAAAAAUAAAUAAAAGGAAAGUAGUUUAACGUAACGCUUGGUUAUAUAGCCUUUACAGGCGUAAGUAUAGUGAAAUAUUAAAGUAGAUUUUGAGACUGCACAUUUAUUGAUAAUCAUUGAUUGAAAAGAAAAGUAGGUUUCGCUUUAUUUAGUUUAUACUUUAGUCUAUUUCUUUUACUUUAGGCUUUACGAGUUGAGAACAAUUUAUAUUGCAUUUCCAUACGAUAAUGCCAGGCAAUGCCGAAAAUAUUCUUGAUGGUUUCAAACUAAACUGGAUGAACCUUAGAGAUGCAGAUACUGGAAAAAUUUUGUGGCAAGGAACGGAAGACUUGUCAAAACCGGAUCAUGAACAUGAAGCACGGGUACCAAAAAAAAUUUUAAAAUGUCGAGCUGUGUCAAGAGAAAUAAAUUUUUCAUCCAUUGAGCCAAUAGAAAAAUUUCGUCUAGAACAGAGAAUCCUUUUCAAAGGUCGUUGUCUUGAAGAAUGGUUCUUUGAGUUUGGUUUUGUGAUUCCUAACUCCACAAACACCUGGCAGUCACUGAUUGAAGCAGCUCCAGAAUCCCAGAUGAUGCCAGCCAGUGUAUUGAAUGGCAAUGUAGUAAUAGAAACCAAGUUUUUUGAUGAUGACCUCCUUGUCAGCACCUCAAAUCUGCUCCACCCAGGAGAUUAGCUGUCAACACUCACCAUGCUCAUCUGUCCUGUGCCUUCCUCACACAAUCACAGUAACUGGACUGCAACCACCCCAUGACAUCUGUGACCCUUUUUCUCCACGGUUAACCUCCCUUUCUACAGCUUUCCACCUUCCCCUCUAUUAGAGUUCUUUGAAUCUCAUUCGUUCUGAUAAUAUGUCCAAAAUACUGACACUUUUUUUCUUUAGAUGUCUGCUUUUAGUGUACACUUAAUGUUUUGGCCAUUUUAAAUAUUUCCUUGUUUGUUUUAUAUUCUAUAUAUAAUAUUUUCAACAUUCUUCUAAGCAUCCACAUUUCCAAUGCUUCUAUUUUGUUCCAGAGUUCUAUGGUUAGUGUCUAAGUCCCUGCAGCAUACAGGAAAAUGGAUAGUAUGUAACAUUUUAUAAGUUUCUUGUGGUUAAUACAUCUUUCAUAUGGAUGAAAUUUGCUCCUGCAAUUUCUGUCUGUCUCUUGACUUCUGCUUCAUAUUUAUCAUCUUCAUUUAUUAGUUGCCCCAAGUAGACAAACUUUUCCAAUUGUUUUAGUGUGUGACCAUACACUUUGAUGUUGAUUUACAUCUCUCCUCAUAACCAUGGUUUUUGUCUUCUUUAUAUUCAUGCUCAACCUGUACUCUAAAUUUCUCCUACUCACUAAGUCCAUUAUUCUUUGUAAUGCUUCCUUUGACAAUAGUACUAUCAUCAGCAUACCUCAGUGCCACUAUAUUAACUUCUCCAAUUCUUAUUCCUGGAAGCUCAUAUGUCUCUCUAAAUAUCCAUUGUGUGUGAAGAUUGAAUAGCUUUUGGCAAAAGUAUGCAACCUUGUCUUAUACCAUGCUUAACACUGAAGGUAUCUGACUGACCUUCCUCUAGACGAAUACUUGUUUUUUUGCUCCCAGUACAGGUUUUGGAUAAGUCUCACAUCUCUGCUGUCUACGUCACACUUGGUUAACACAUGUAUUAUACUUUGAUGGCACAUCCUGUUAAAAGCCUUCUCAUAAUCAGUGAAGCAUAUCUCUUGCUCACUUCCAAGUAUUUAUCAAAGAUCAAUCUGUACCUGGCCUAAAUCCUGACUGAGUGUCACUUAUUUCUGCCUCUAAUAUGAUCAUAUUUCUCUUUGUCAGCAUUACUUUCAUGAGAUGACUCAUCAUGCUUAUCAUUCUGUUUUUACUACUUUCUUUUACGUUUUGCUUUUUUGGUAACUUUAUAAAUAAAGAGUGACUUAAAUUACUAGGUAUAUAACCAGAUCUUUAGAUUUUGUCACAUAAACUUAUUACAAUCUUUAUCUCUGACUCAUCCAGGGCCUUCAGAUGUUACUUCAUCAAUACCUGAUGCUUUCCCAAUUUUCAUCAUUUUUAGUGCAUAUAACACCUUCAUAAUGCUUGGACUAGUGUCUCCCUCUAUCACUGUGUUCUCAACAGUUAGGGUCAUCAUACAAGUCACUUAUAUAUUCUGUCCAUCUUCUGGCCACUGCAUUUCUUUCAAACAGAAUUUUCCAUUCUUAUCUUUGGUGCAUCCACAAUCUGUCCUUAUAUCCAUUUUUCUAUCAAUCAGUGAUUUCACCUUUUGAUGCAUGGCUCUAAUCUCGGUUCUUCUCAAGUUUUAAGACCUCAUCGCACAUCUCAUUAUACCAUUUUUCUUGUGCUUCUGUAUAUGCUUUCUUAAUUUUCUUUCCAAUUUUAUUGUAUUCUGAAGUGUUUUUUCUUCUUUUUUCUCUCCACCAUCAUCGGUAGUAUGUCAUCCAUCAUCCAACCUUUGUGUUUUCUCUUGAUAUGUUUUGGAAUUGUUUUUUCUGGAGCAUAUUUGAUGCUUUCAUUCAUUUUAUUCCUUUGGUUUUGUGUCUCUCUUACUCACAUCCUCUACUUGUUCUAUUUCCUCCUGUAUGUUGAACUCAUAUCUGUUAUUGACCUCUAAAGCACAGAUUUUACUAAUAUUUUCAUCUUUAAGUCUGUUCAGGUUCAACUGUUCUUGAAUUUUAUUUUUCUUUAAGAUCUUGAUGUUAAGCUUGAUUUUUGCCACAAGCAGUUUAUGAUCCAAAUUUACAUCAGCACCAGGAUAAGUAUGAAUAUUAGUCAUAACAUUUCUGUAUAUCAUUAUAGAACAUCUCUGUUUCUUGCUCAUUAUGAUCUUGUGUAGAAGCAUAAACCAAAUCAAAUGACUGGCCCUCAAUCUUGAUCAUGAUGACUCUGAGAUUGGCCAGUACUCUUGCACUGAUCAUUUAUAUUUUCUGUUAAUCAGGAUGGUAACUUCUUUUCUGAAUUUAUCUCCUUCUGAAAAAUAUAUUGUGUUAUCCUUCCUAUCCAUCUGUCCCAAUUGUAGCCAUCUAACUUCAGCUAGACCCAUUCCCAGUCCGUCCAUUUCCUGUAUACAGUUAUUAAGCUUACCUGCUAGAUAAAGUGUUCUGAUUUUCCAUGUUCCUGUCUUUACGAAACAAUCUCUACCAUUGAAUGUAACAAUUUCAGAUGCUGACCUCUCAACUGAAUUUAAAUCAGCCUCGUCAUUUUUUAGACUACCUCUCUGAGCAAUAACUUCUUCUUCCCUGUCGUUAUUUAUAACAGAAUUGGCGACAGGCGACCAGCCUUCUCUGUAUCUACUUCUACUCAACGUAUCAUGGCUUUACAUUGACUAUCUUUAGGCUGUAUACUGUGCGAGGUCACAGACUCUUCACAGGUGACUGACCACUCAUCCUUCUAAACUUCAAGACUGUGCCCUAGAUGUGUCACGCACCUGUCAUCUGCCUUGAGAGCCAUUGUUCCUUUAAGUAGUUGGAAUCUUUCACCUACUUUGAUGUAUCCAGCCUUCAUGGACUUAAGGGGUGAUAUCCCCAAACUACGUUGCCAUCGAACUGGUUCCCCUCACUUAGUUUUGCACCACUGUCAAGUGGAGAUACUGGGGUAUGGCCACUGGCAUGCACAACCAACUACUUGGAGCCAUAAGUGAAGCACCAGUGAUCCCACUCACAUCCAUAUUAACAUAGGUGUGCAACAGGCAGGUCAAUCAAAGGUCCUAGCCCUCAGAAAACAUCCCCCAUAUACCCCAAACGUAUUAUGGGAGUCUAAAUUAAUUAUGUACUCAUGUGUUUUUUUAAUAUGAACCCGUUAAUUAAUAUAGAUUUGUAUAUUGGUUGUAUGCAAUGUGAAUUAGUGGUUCUUGUAUUUUACACAGACCCUAAACAUCAUCUUUAUCAUACUCACUUUUGCAUCAUCCUUCAUAAGUGGAACCUCAUCUCUCAAUAAAACCUCUGUUUGUGUGUUAAACCCCAUGUAGGUAUUAUUGAAAUAAAGAAAUGA